UCAAGUGCUGACCUAAUGAUGGGUGCUGAUAGGGAAAUUACCGGAGAGCCCGAGAGACAGAUGUUCCUGCCCAAAUCCAAUAAUUUUUCCGCUGCUAUAAAUUCAAGGGAGUUGCUGACGCCCAAGGACAACGCCCACACUUACGCAAUCGAAUUGAACGAGCUGAAGCGGAAAGAAGCUUCCGAAUAUGAUCCCUACGAACACAACCACGCUGACCUUGAACAUCCCACCACAUUUUUGGAAACUUUGAUUCACCUUCUUAAAGGAAGUUUCGGUACCGGAAUCUUGGCGAUGCCGUUGGCUUUCUACCACGCGGGCUACCUGCUUGGUUCCGUAGCGACCGCUUGCAUAGGUUUGCUUUGCACCUACAGCAUGCACAUGCUCGUGAGGUCGGAGUACGAACUGUGCAAGCGGAAGAAAGUACCGAAUAUGACGUACGACAAGACGGCCGAAGCCGCUUUGGCGGAAGGACCACCGUUCUUUCAAAAACUCGCCCCAUAUGCUCCUGCCGUAUGUAACACUUUCCUGCUGAUCUACCAGCUGGGAACUUGCUGCGUGUAUACUGUGUUCGUGGGUGAAAACAUCCAGAAGGUGUGCAACGAAUACCUUCCGACUCCCGUCGACGAAAGGAUAGUCAUGCUGAUAAUGCUUCUCCCUCUAAUAUUCAUCAACUACAUAAAGAAUCUGAAAUUUUUGGCGCCGCUGACGACCGUGGCUAACGGCGUGACCGUAGUGUCCUUCGGGAUCAUUUUUUACUACAUUUUCCAACAGGAGAUCACGUUCGAAAACAGGGACCCGUUUGGCGAGUUUAGAGAUUAUCCAUUAUAUUUCGGGACCGUGCUGUUCGCUUUGGAAGCGAUCGGAGUGAUCAUGCCGUUAAAGAACGAGAUGAAAUCGCCCGAAUCUUUUGGUAGCACCUUUGGCGUUUUGAACAUAGGAAUGGCGUCCGUGACGAUCCUUUACAUCAUCACGGGUUUCUUCGGGUACAUCGCCUACGGGGCAGAGGUCGGAGGAUCUAUUUCGUACACCGUUGGACCCGGCGAAAUAGCUGCCGACGUCUGCAAGAUUAUGUUGGCCUUCGCCAUCUUCGUCACGCACUCUUUGGCCAUGUACGUGGCCAUCGACAUAGUCUGGACGCAGUACCUGGUGAAAAAGCUAGAGAAAAACAAUCACCAAAACUUUUGGGAGUACUUCGUCAGGACCUGCCUUGUCGUACUGACGUUUUGUUUGGCUGUGGCGGUCCCAUACAUCGACUUAUUCAUAUCGUUGGUGGGAGCCCUCUGUUUGUCCGCACUAGGGGUCGCGUUUCCCGCCAUAAUGGACUCUUGCGUGAGAUGGUACAGUCUGCACGGCACCAAGAUGGUCCUGGUACACGCGAAGAACAUAGUUAUAGUUUUAUUCGGUUUCUUCGGCCUAGUGGUCGGUACCGGGACCAGUCUAGAGAAAAUCAUUGAGAAAUUCGAUCCGGCCACCAACUCCACCACGUUCGGCUGGAAAGGCAGCGCGAAUAGCGCCUCUCGGUGCGGAUGUUAUAGAUCGUUGCUGGCGAAUUAUGAAAUAGAAGUGUUUGUCCAAUUGUGCUCGUUUAGGCACCAGAGGAAAAGCGAAGGGUCGAUGCUUCUGAGAGGAUCUGCAUGCCGCCUCAAGAAUUGCUUCCGUCCUGGUUAUGUUUUUAAUGUCGAUUGGCUCCACCAGAUAGCUGCAAUGACUCAGGAAAUUUUGAAUUUGGAACCCGUGGGGGCGAACAAAAACGCAACUGAAGUUUCGGAGCUGUUGGACAAGCGGCCCAACGGCGACAAAAAUCAGACCGGAGAUGAUUACGAUCCGCAUCUACAUCGGGAAAUCGAAAACCCAACUACCAAUGCGGAAACCCUGAUCCACUUGCUCAAAGGAUGUUUGGGCACGGGUAUUCUCGCCAUGCCGGAGGCUUUCAAACUAUCCGGAAUGAUCAACGGGAUCAUUUCCACGUUUCUGAUCGGCGCCUUGUGCACCUACUGCCUUCACGUCCUCGUACGCGCUCAAUACGUCAUGUGCAAAAGGCUCAAGGUCGCUCUUCUCACUUACCCGGAGUCGAUGAAGGUGGCGUGCGAGAUCGGGCCCCAGUGGCUCAGAGGAUUCGCCCCAUACGCGCCGGCCCUCACCAAUUUCUUCCUUAUAUUCUACCAAAUGGGCAUCUGCUGCGUCUACGUCGUCUUCGUGGGCGUCAACAUAAAAAAAGUCGGCGAUCUGUACACCGCCCCCAACUCAGUCAGCUUGAUCUAUUACAUGCUGGUGAUAUUUAUACCCUUCGUGUUGAUUAUAUGCAUAAGGAAUUUAAAGCUGCUGGCGCCCUUCUCCAUUCUGGCCAACGUCAUCACGUUGAUCACCUUCGCAGUGGUAUGCUACUACAUUUUCCAGGAUCUGGAGAGUUUCAGCGAUAGACCUGCUGUCGGUUCUAUAACCGAUUACCCGUUAUAUUUCGGGACAACGCUGUUCUCGUUGCAAGCGGUGGGAGUGGUGAUCGCUCUGGAAAACAACAUGGCGACGCCGAAAAAAUUCCGCGGAGCUUGCGGGGUGCUCAACAUCGGCAUGGGAGCGGUCACGGUCAUUUACGUCGGAAUGGGAAUGAUGGGCUACUGGAAGUACGGCGAGCUGAUCGAAUCGAGUAUCACCAUCAAUUUUCCUUUGAAGGAAGCGUUGGCCCAGACGAUCGUGAUAUCGUAUUCGAUCGCCAUUUACAUAUCCUACGGGCUCCAGGGAUACGUUCCCGUGCAAAUAAUGUGGACCACGUACAUUUCCAAGAGACUGGACGGCGCUAGCGACAAGAAAAAAAUGUUCUACGAAUAUCUGCUAAGAAUUAUCUGCGUUGUCAUCACAUUUGUUCUAGCGAUGACUGUGCCAUUGCUGGGCCUCUUCAUCUCGCUGGUGGGAUCUUUCUGCCUGUCUGCGCUGGGAAUCGCCUUUCCGGCCAUCAUAGAGAUGUGCGCCUACUGGCCUGACAAACUGGGUCCUGGACGAUGGAUAUUAUGGAAAGAUGUGUUGCUCAUCUUGGUUGGCGUCGUCGGACUCUCGGCCGGUAGUUACAGCGCCAUCUACGCGAUCGUAGCCAAACUAGCCUCCGGAGAAUAUUAGAAUAUAGUAUUUAAGUAGUCGACGUAGAAUUUCUUGUCGCACUCUAUUUUAUUUGUUUUAUUUCAUUACAAGAUGAAGUUAAGAAUGUGAUGAGAUUUGAAGUUAGGUGUGCAUAUUGCUUCCCAGAUUUUUUUGAUUGUCUGUAAAGAAAUCGACAAAUAGCUUUGUAUCUAUAGGUGCUUCAAAACGCCGCAGUUCAAAGGGUGCAAAUUAUACUUCUAUAUUAAUUUGGAAUUGUUUUGUUUCUAAUGAGAAUUUGUCUGUUAUGCAAUUUAGCCUAUAAGAACGCACACAUUUUCCGUUUGGAUUUCCAUCCGGUAUAUUGUACAUAGAAAUGAAUUGAAUGAGAGAUUCGAUUUUUAUAAUAAAAGUU